AUGUCAUAUUACAGAGAUAAAUCUUCAAACGCUCAUCUUUCACAUCCAAAUUGCAGGAAUUUUUCUAACGGAAACUGUAACAGAGGGACGAGUUGUCAUUUUUUGCACAAAGAAGAAGAUAAUAAUUCACACAGUAAUAAUGGUGGGAGUACACGAUACAACCAUAGUAAUGCGGAAAGCUCUUCCUCAACGUUGCAAAGGCCGAAUUCAAACUCGAACCGUCAUAGUGCUCCAUCGGUUUGCCGUUUUUUCUUGGAAAAUCGUUGGUUAUAUGGAGAUUCAUGUUGGAAUAAACUUGAAAAACCUGAUAAUGUCACUAAAGAAGUGAACUCCACUAGCGCUGAUAGUCAGAAAAAUGACUUGAAAAAUCAAAAAAACAAACAAAAAGCAAAAGAGGAGUAUAUAUGUGGUAUUUGCCUCGAAACUCCUAAAGUAUUUGGAUUAUUUGGAUUGCUUUUGUUGAUGUCACCAAGACGUGUCCCACAUGCAGAACUUAUUCUCCAUCUUUUGUCAGUUCAAGUCAUUUUAUUAAAGCAGGAACUCAAAAGGAUCAAAUAUUUUCAAGACGUGAAUGUCAAAGAUUCUCGUUUAAUAAAUUGA